AUGGCUGAUCCAGGACGUGGACGAGGUGGAGCAGGCCGAGGAGCGGCCUUGCUCGCCUUGUUAAAAAAAGCACCCGAACCGGAAGUGGGUGAAUCAGCACCAACUCCUCCAGUGGCUGAAGCUCCACAACCACCUGUAGCACACCAACCUGAGCCUCGAGCCGCAGAACCAGCAAAAGGACGAGGCCGAGCUUCUCUGAUGGACAUCGCGCGUCAAAUGUCGUCAGCCCCUGGUGAAACUUCGACGUCUUCUCUUCCGACACCUCUCUCAGUGUCAACAUCAGCGCCUCUGGCAGGUCGUGGUGCAGGUCGCGCUACUUUGCUCAGUCUGGCUCAAAAAAUAAGCCCACCUGGAGAACCCAGCAAACCUCCUCCAGCUGCUGCUCGUUCUGAACCUAGAUCAGUUGGACCUGGUGGAGAUGCACAGAUUGAAGCCUCUGUUGCUGGUCUUAGUUUGGAUUCCAGCAGCUCUCGUGGACCUAUUAUCCGUCAAGGAUCCGAUGGAACGCCUAUUGACAUCAUGUCUAAUUACAUCAACAUUAAAAUUGACCCCAGCAAGGGUAUUCAUCGGUACGAGUGUAAAUUUCAUCCAGAAACCGAUUCUCCUCGUCUGCGUAAUGCAAUGUUGAAUCAACAUUUGGAGUUUUUGGGAAAAACUAAAGUUUUUGAUGGCGUUAUUUUGUUUUUGCCUCACAAGCUUGAACAGGAAAGAACAGAACUGGAAUCAGUUCGCAGAGACGGUACAAAAGUAACCGUGACAAUAAUCUACCAGCGCCAACAACGCGCAGAUUGCGCCGAGAGCAUUCAAUUCUUUAACAUCCUUCUGAACCGAAUCCUCCGAAUGUUGAACAUGAUCUGCAUAAACCGCAACUACUUCAACCCGCGAGCGGCUCACAAAAUCGAGCAGCACCGAAUGGAGCUCUGGCCGGGAUACGUGACAGCGAUUGAAGAAAUGGAAGGAGGAUUAAAACUGAACAUCGACGCGUCUCACAGAGUAAUGAGAACCGACACAGUCCGGGACUUCAUCCAGGACAUCUACAAGACGACUCACGACCGCGGAAAUUUCAAAGAAACUAUUUUUAAAGAGAUCUGCGGAAUGACAAUCCUUACUCGCUACAACAACGCCACCUACCGGAUCGACGACAUCCUCUGGGACAAGAACCCCACUCUCCAGUUUGAUUACAAAGGAACGCCCACUACCAUCGCUGCUUACUUCAAGUCUCACUGGAAUAUUGAGAUCAAGGAUCUCCAGCAGCCGCUGAUUCUCCACCGUGCUAAGAAGAAGAUCUCUCAGGGUGGAACUCGCGAGGAAGAGGUUCUCUUGGUUCCAGAAAUUUGCUACCUCACUGGGCUGACUGACAAAGUCAGGAAUAACUUCAGAAUCAUGAAGGACUUGGCUCAGGUCACUCAGGUCCAGCCGACUGAACGUCGCGGAGUUAUCAGAAAGUUCAUCCAGACUGUCAAUGAUGAGCCUGCUGCCAAGCAGCUGCUUCUUGACUGGGGACUCUGCUUGUCUGAUGAUAUUGUUAGGCUUAAAGGACGUGUCUUGCCGGCUGAGAAGAUCUACUUUGGAAACGCCAAGGAAUUCACGGUCACUGAGAAAGCUGACUGGGGCGCUAUGGCCACUCGCAAUCAGGUUCUCUCGCCGGCGAGUCUGCAGAAAUUCUGCAUUGUUUAUGUUCAGAAGGAUGAACGGGUUAUCAAUGAGUUUGCUAAGAUUCUGAAGAAUGUUUGUGGAACUAUGGCUAUCAAGUGUGGAGAGCCCGUUAAAAUUCCACUUAAGAAUGACUCUGCUCAGAGCUAUAUCACGGAGAUUAGGAAGAUGAUCAAUCCUUCUUUGGAUAUGGUCAUUGCUGUCACUCCGAGUAACAGAAACGAUCGUUACGCAGCAAUUAAAAAGCUCUGCUGCGUAGAAUCUCCAGUAAAAUCCCAAGUGAUAGUAACCAAGACGAUCUCACAGGACAACAAAAUAAAGAGUGUCACCGAGAAGAUCGCUUUGCAGAUGAAUUGCAAAUUAGGAGGCGCCUUAUGGGCCCUCAAGAUCCCAAUGAACGACAUCAUGGUGGUGGGAAUUGAUGUCUACCACCCAGCAGCCGGAUCUGCUUCCAAAGCAAGUGUCGCCGGUUUUGUAGCGAGUUUGAACCAGAACUUGACCCAGUGGUACAGUAAGGCGUACUUCCAGCGCCCGGGUCAAGAAUACGUUGAUGUCUUACGCGCUUGCUUUGUUUCCGCGCUGACUGCCUAUAGAAAGGCCAGAGGAGAGUACCCGAACAGAAUUGUCGUUUAUCGAGACGGAGUCGGUGAUGGCCAGCUCAGCACUGUCGCUGGAUACGAGGUUGAGCAGUUGAGCAAGACCUUUGGUAUGGUUGAUGCUUCUUAUUCGCCGAAAUUGACGGUGGUUAUCGUUCAAAAAAGAAUCAACACUCGUGUUAUGGCUUUGAGAGGCCAAAGACUGGACAACCCACCUCCGGGUACCAUCGUAGACUCAGAAGUGACUCGCCGCAACUGGUACGAUUUUUUCUUGGUACCUCAGACAGCCCGCCAAGGCACAGUGACUCCAACUCAUUACGUCGUCCUCCGCGACGACGCCGAGUUCAAGACUGACUACAUCCAGCGACUGACUUACAAGAUGUGUCACUUGUACUACAAUUGGCCAGGAACCAUCCGAGUUCCCGCUCCUUGCCAGUAUGCUCAUAAACUGGCUAAUCUUGUAGGUCAAAGCAUCGGCUCUGAGCCCAGUGAGUGCUUAGCCGAGUCGCUUUAUUACCUUUAA